AUGUCUUCAAAAGUGUCAUUCACAAUAGAAGAAGACAUACUAUUGGCUGAAUCUGUAAGAGAACAUCCAUGUUUGUAUGACUUAAAAAAUGCCAAUUACAAGGAUCAACAAAUAAGGGACAAUGUAUGGAAGCUUAUAUCAAAUAACUUGAAUAAUAAAAGUGUUGAUGAUUGUAAAAAGAGAUGGAAAAAUAUGAAAGAUACGUAUAAUAAACAUAAAAGGAGUAGGAAACUAGGGACGGGAUCAUCGACAAAAAAUAAACAAACAAAAUGGGCCUUGGCAGAUACACUAUCGUUUAUGGACGUAUGUUCUUACGAACGAACGGGACUGACUAAUUUUAAUUCUACGGUUGAAAUGAACAAUAGUGAAGAAGAAGAUAGCUACUUAGAAGUAACUGUUGACGAUGAAAACAAUUCAAGUGAUGAAAACGAUGUUUCACAGAAGUCUGCAACAGAAAACACUACAGUUCAGGAAACUGAACUUGAAAAUAAUUUGAAUACAAAAAAAACAAAAUUAUUAAAAGAAAAAAGGCCUACUAAAAAACUAAAACAAAAUGAAGAGUUAGUGUCAUUGUUCAAAAAAAGUAAUGAAGAUAGACAACAAAUUAUAAACGCCAUUAACAAAGUUGAGGAAGAUGAUGAUCCCAUUGAUUCAUUUUUUAAAACAAUGGCAUUAACAGUAACAUCGUUUCCUCAACAUUUGAAAAUAAAAGCCAAAAAAGAAGUGUUCAACAUAUUUACGGAUUUGGAAAUAGAAAAUAACAGCACUACAUCGACAUCAAAUAGAAAUAUUCAGUCAACAAGUAGCUUAUUUUCAUCUCCAAAUCCUAGCAUACAAUCAUCGUCAAACUCAGGAUUUUCAACAUAUGAUCGUCCAAGUCAAUAUGUUUUUCCAGAGACUAAUGAUUGUCAACCUGGAAAUUGGACUCAAUCGCUCGGUGAUAAUAAUUAUGAAUUACUUCAGUACGACGAUAGACAGUACGAAUAA